CUGUGCGGAUGGCCAUCUCCAGGGAGCCCAUGGCGGCAUUCCACGACAGAAGGGGGCAGCUCAAAGCCAGCUGGGAUGGUGGCCACUGGAGCGAGACCCUUCUUCUCCCCUCCUGGUCUCCGCCCCCCACCUGUGGAGGACAAUCACCCACCCAGGAGGAAUCACCUCACCCAGGAGGCUAUUCCCCUUACCCACGUGGCUUGCAGCCAACACCUGACUGGCACAAAGAGUGGCACAAUUAGGAUUUGAAUCCAUGUACGUGACAGGGAACCACAGAGCUGGUAAGCUAUUUAAAGACCUCCUUUCUUGGCUGGAGACAUAGAAUCCAUCCAAAUGGUGCCACCUCCGAGAAGCCUUACUGUCCAUUCCAUGGAGGACCGUGGCUUUUUAGAAACUGCCUCCUUAGUGGCCUUGGCCCACACCACCCUCCUUCCUGCUUUCAGGCUUGGUGGGGGGAUCCUUUCCCUGCUUGGAAGACCUUCCCUUGUAUCCUCCUUCGUAUGGCCCUCCGAAUAUGCUGGUUGAGAGCCCAGCACCAGAAUCCCACCAACCUGGGUUUGAAUCCCAGCUCCGCCAUACAGGAACUGUCUGACCUUGAAAGUGUUCUUGAGCCUCUUUGAGCUUCAGAUUCCUCAUCUGAACAAUACUAGAUACUACCUUGAGAUUGCCUCAAGGAUCAAAUGAGAGAUAGUUGAUGUUAAACAAUUAGCCCAGCUCCUGGUGUGUAAUAAAGCACUCAAUAAAUGUUAA